GACCGCAGAAAGGUUCGCAAUUUCUGUUGUGGUAGUGAUUAUCCCCGGUGAAUGAGUUGAUGCAUAUGGUCACUCUGGGAUACAAUCCCAGUGUCGAGAGCAACUGAGGUUUGUUUGUGACUUAUGACGAUCAUGCUCAUUUCAUCCGUCUGCACCAAGCACCGAUCCCCAGUCCCCGUUCCCGACCCAAUCACUCCUGGUCGACAUCGAAAUACACAUUAUUAACAUCAAGGUUACCGUCCAUCUUAAGGACUACUACUUCAUUUGACUACAAUACCUAAUCAUAGAUAUGACAUGCAUUUUUGUUGUGUUCUGAGGUUACGAAGAGCUUUCCCACAUGAAGAACUUUGUAGCAUGGGUGUCCCGCUGAAGAAUAAGGAUGUCACGCGCUUCGUCAUUGUUUUGGAUUGGUCAAGCACAGACGACUUUCUGUGGCACUUUCCCUAACGUUGUUUCAUCAAAAUAAUUCACUUACAGAUAUGCGACUUGUCGAACUUCAUCAUGAUGCUCAACAAGACUGGCUGCUGUUGUAACUCGUUUUAUGAUCCCUGACUUACGCUGCAUGUAAUUUGACAUAAUACCCGAACUUGUCGUGACCUACAUGAUUUUUCUUUCUUCGCGGUGAAUGGAUACUCAGACCGAGGGUUUAGACGUUUACGCCACG